AUGGGGACAGGGAAGAGGAAGGAGCCACUGGAGGCCCUGGGCAGGAGUUUUUCACUGAACUUCACACUGCCGGCCAACACAACUUCCUCCCCAGCUGUUACCAGUGGGAAAGGAGCAGACUGUGGACCUUCUCUUGGGUUAGCAGCUGGCAUCCCGUCCCUGGUGGCCACGGCCCUGCUGGUGGCCUUACUAUUUACUCUGAUUCACCAAAGAAGAAGCAGCAGUGAGUCCACCGAGGAAAGUGAGAGGCCUUGUGAAAUUUCAGAAAUCUAUGACAGUCCCAGGAUAGCUGAGAAUCCUAGGAGGUUACCCACACAGGAGAAGAAUAUCACGGGAGCAGAAGAAGCCCACAUAUAUGUGCAGACUGUUUCAGGAAGUGAGGAGCCCAUUCGUGACAUUUACCGUCCUGCUGUCGAAGUGCAGAGAAGGAGGGCGUUGUGGUGGCUUAUUCCCAGACUGAGCCUGGAGUGA